AUGAAUAUCCUCUCCAAAACCACAACCCUCUCUCUCCUCCUCCUCUUCUUCCAAACCACCCAAGCAAUCAUCUUCAACAUCACCAACAACUGUCCCUACACCAUCUGGCCGGCCGCCGUCCCUGGCGGCGGCCGCCGCCUGGACCCCGGCCAGAACUGGAUCAUCUUCUUCCAUGACGGCCCGCGAUCCGCCAAGAUAUGGGCCCGCACCAACUGCACCUUCGACUCCUCGGGAAGGGGCCAUUGCCUGACCGGGGACUGCGACGGGCAGCUCGCCUGCGGGUCGUACGAGGAGGUGUCGGGACUUGUUCACGUACCCGGAGGACGACCCGACCAGCACGUUUACUUGCCCGGCUGGGACGAGUUAUAG